AACACAACACGUGCUUGUACUGCUUGUCAGCUUGUGGAUUUUCUGAUUUUCUUACAUUCUUGAUUCUAUUCUGUUUUAUAAAUUUGUAAUAUUUGGUUUAAAACAUGAAAUUAUGGAUCUAAUCAAGACCAUUAACGACGAAGACGAUAUCCCUGAUUACUCCGAGGAAUCCGACGUCGAAGUUGAGUACCAACCAAAAAAGAGAAAAACUACUAAAGAAACUGCGUUUGACAAUGACUUCAAAUUCGUGUCAAGUACCAGCGAAUACAAUAAGGAUACGUGGGAUGAUCUUCAAAAAUACAUCAAAAGAAAAGGCAAAAAUAAGACAGAUGAAAAAAUAGAAAGAUCUCGGGAAUACGUCAAAAUUCUGAUGCCCGAAUCAGACGAUGAAAAUUCUAACGAUGACGAAGAAAACUCGAAGGAAAACAAAGCUGAUGAUGUUGAUGAUGAUGAGUUGUCCGAUAGUGAAAUGAAAAAAGAUAAGUUGAAAGAACGAGAGAGACGUGUUGGUAAAAGGAAUAAAAACAAAAAGGUUGAUAAUACGAAGCAAGAAACGUUAACUGUUGAAGAUGCGGAUGAAUUUUUCGAUGAUGCGCCACCCUUUGAUGAAAACAGCUCUUUUUAUCAAAUGAAUUUAUCUCGUCCUUUAAUGAAGGCUAUAGGCGCUUUAAACUACGUCCAUCCUACUCCGAUUCAAGCUGCUGCUAUUCCUGUUGCGUUACUCGGUCGUGAUAUAUGUGGUUGUGCUGCCACCGGAACUGGUAAAACAGCGGCUUACAUGCUUCCUAUCUUGGAAAGGCUCUUAUAUAAACCUAAAGGUUAUUCUCCGGUUACUAGAGUGUUGGUGUUAGUGCCAACUCGAGAGUUGGGAGUUCAAGUUUAUCAAGUUACCAAACAAUUAACACAGUUCACACACAUAGAAGUUGGACUUUCCGUGGGAGGUCUUGAAUUGAAAGUUCAAGAAUCGGUGUUGAGAAAAAAUCCUGAUAUUGUAAUUGCUACUCCGGGUCGUUUGAUUGACCAUUUACAAAAUACACCAUCCUUUUCUCUCGAAGAUCUAGAAAUUUUGGUAUUAGAUGAAGCAGAUAGAAUGUUAGAUGAAAAUUUUGCUGAUCAGAUGAAACAAAUUGUGAAAAUGUGUUCUCGCACGAGACAAACGCUAUUGUUUUCUGCUACCAUGACUGAUGCUGUGAACGAUCUCGCAUCUUUGUGUCUAUCUAAACCAGUUAAAAUCUUCGUCGAUAAUAAUCAAAAUGUUGCGUUCAAUUUAAGACAGGAAUUUGUCAGAUUACGAGAAGGAAAAGAAUCGGAACGAGAUGUUAUUUUGGCUGCUUUAAUUUGUCGAACGUUUCGUGAUCACUGUAUGGUAUUUGUUAGAACGAAAAAAGAUGCGCAUCGAAUUUUAAUCCUUUUGGGUCUUUUAGGAGUGAAGGUUAGCGAGUUACAUGGAAACUUAUCACAGCCUCAACGUUUGGAAGCGUUAAAAAAAUUCAAGAAUGAAGAAGUUGAUGUUUUAGUUGCUACUGAUGUAGCAGCUCGUGGUUUAGAUAUUAGAGGAGUUAAAACCGUUAUAAAUUACAUAAUGCCGCCAACAUUGGAACAUUAUAUUCAUCGAGUAGGACGAACAGCUCGUGCUGGGCGUGCCGGUGUAUCUGUUUCUAUCGCCACUGAAAUGGACAGAAAGAUGAUAAAACAAAUUAUUAAAGGAGCCAAAGCACCAGUAAAAAAUCGUACUAUACCGCCGGAAAUAAUCGCUAAAUAUAAGGACAAAAUAGGCGCGAUACGAUCUGAAAUGCAAAAUAUACUAGAUGAAGAAAGGGAGGAAAAAAUGCUGAAUAACGCAGAAAAAGAUAUCGAACGUGGUAAAAGAAUGCUCGGAAAUAGCGGAAGUAAAGAAGCUCCGAAAAAAGGACGAUCGUGGUUCCAGACGCAGCAACAAAGAAAACUGGAAAAGCAGAAGGCUAAAGAAAUUUUCGAAGCUAAAUUAAAAGGCACAAAAACGCUUGUGAAAAAGAAGAAAAAUGCGAAAAACCAGAAUAACGAGGAAGAAGACAGGAUUAAUAAAAAAAUGCAGAAUGUUGCCUCAUUCCAAUCGAGGUUAGCGAAACGAAAACUAAGGCCUAAAAAAAUCAGAGCUAUGGAUGAUAAUUACCAAUUCAAUAUCGAUGGCAAUGGUCAGUUCAAGAGAAAGAAAUCUGCCUUUGAGAGCAACUUGACGGACGUGAAUCGGAGAUCUGUUAAGCAGAUGCGCUAUUUGGGUCCUGGUGGUCCUGGUAAAAAGAAGAAAUGAGGUGAUAGCCAUAGGACCUUAGAAUAAUUAUUAUUACUGUACAAAAAGUAUGACUAUUCCUAUUCCAUGCGUUACUUUGUAUUCUCGAUUAAAAUUUAUGUGGAAA